AAACAAGACUACGCAUGCUUGCAUGUUUACGUGGAAUGAAUCAAGAUGGUGAAAUUUGGUCUGCAGUUCAAGGCGACAUUGGAGAAUGUCACAAACCUACGGCCGGUAGGAGAAGACUUCCGCUGGUUUUUGAAGCUGAAAUGUGGCAAUUGUGGAGAGAUAUCAGAUAAAUGGCAGUACAUAAACCUUAUGGACAGUGUACCACUGAAAGGAGGCAGAGGUAGUGCCAGUAUGGUGCAGAAGUGCAAACUCUGUGCCAGGGAGAAUUCAAUUGAUAUAUUGGGGGAUGCCAUCACGCCGUAUAAUGCUGAGGACAGUGAGAAGUUUAAGACCAUGGUGCAGUUUGAGUGUCGAGGCCUGGAACCUGUAGAUUUCCAACCCCAGGCUGGCUUUGCUGCACAAGGGGCAGAGUCUGGAACUCAGUUUCCUGAAAUUAACUUACUAGAAAAAGACUGGACGGACUAUGACGAGAAGAUCAAAGAGUCAGUGGGCAUAUAUGAGGUCACACACCAAUUCAUCAAACGCUGAUAACCUCAAGUGACAGGAUCUUAGCAGCCAAAAAAUAACCAGAUGGAUGUUUACCGGGUAAAGGACAGAACCGUUGCUGACUUGACAAAGUAGCUGUGUGGAGGGACUUGUUGGAACGCCCAACUGAAUCCUCUGGAUUGGAAGAGAUUUGUGGCUAUGCAUUUUUUCACAGCCUCAAUAAAGUUGAUAAGUGAUAAAUGGAA